AUGGAGCGUGCAGAGGCGGAGAAACCACCAGGCAGGGCAAGGUGGCGACGCGGCAGGGAAAUCCGCUGUCAGAUACUGCGCUAUCAUACAACAGCCCUGUAUGCUUGUGCCACGUUGGUGAAUGCCUCCUCGUCGCACGAGAUGUCGGACACCCGCCUAUUGAUCAUUGCAGAUCAUCCUUGGCUGGACAUUGCAGCAGACAACUUCAGGCCACCUCAACCAGAGUUCCAGAGAAACAAGGAUACACGCGCUAAUGAUCCUUCAACAGCAACUGACGAUAACCCAUGCUCUAAUCCCAUGACAUCAGCAAUGGACAAUGGCCAAAGAUCGCAAAGCAACCGUAACCAAACUGCUAACCAUCCCGUUUCUGUUUCAGAUCACUACACAGGCCACUCACACGUUGGUUAUGAGUUGGAAGAUGGCGAUUACUCAGGCAAAUCUGCUGACCUGGACGUUCACAAUAUCGAACAUGUUCCAGUGGAUCUUAGGAUGUCUAGCUUACAGCACAACAAUCAGCAUAUCUCCGAGUCUAGGUCUGAGGCAGAUUUUCAACUUCAAGCUGACUUUCCUCAGUCCGAAAAUUCGCUUUGCAAGGAAACUGGGCCAUCGCUUCAUCGCCAGAAUGAUAUGCUUGAUCGCAGUCAUUCACGUCCCGUAGAAAAGCCGUAUGAAUGUAGGUUUUGCGAUAAAAGAUUUUCUACUCAAUCCAGUCUAACAUCCUAUGAACGUACGCACCGAGAAAAGAAAACCUUUCAAGUGUAA